UGAGGGGAGCCUUCUGUGGUCGUCGGCCUGAUGAGCGGACGGCAAAGAACGCUUUUCCAGACGUGGGGCUCAAAAGUUUCUCGGUCCACUGGGGCUCCGAGUAGCAACUCUGGAACUGAGCGGCCUCAGAGCACAGGCAUCUCCAGGGCGCGUUUUCCUGCAGUGGCAGAGGCGGCAGGGGCGGCCGAGGCUGAGCCCGAGUCAGACGAUGAUGUGCUGCUGGUCGCGGUGUACGAAGCAGAGAAGCAGCUGAGUCUGGAGAAUGGCGGGUUCUGCACCUCAGCGGGCGCCCUGUGGAUUUACCCUACUAAUUGCCCAGUGCGAGAUUACCAGCUGCACAUCGCCAGGACCGCCCUGUUCUGCAACACGCUGGUCUGUCUGCCCACCGGGUUGGGAAAGACCUUUAUUGCCGCUGUGGUCAUGUACAAUUUCUACCGCUGGUUCCCUUCUGGCAAGGUGGUUUUCAUGGCCCCCACGAAACCCCUGGUGACACAGCAGAUCGAGGCUUGCUACCGGGUGAUGGGUAUCCCGCAGUCCCACAUGGCCGAAAUGACAGGAUCUACUCAGGCUUUCACCAGGAAGGAAAUCUGGGGCAGUAAGAGGGUUCUUUUCCUUACGCCUCAAGUCAUGGUAAAUGAUCUUUCUAGAGGAGCUUGCCCAGCUGCUGAAAUAAAGUGUCUAGUUAUCGAUGAAGCUCAUAAAGCCCUUGGAAAUUAUGCUUAUUGCCAGGUUGUAAGAGAACUAGUCAAAUAUACGAAUCACUUUAGAAUCUUGGCUCUUAGUGCCACACCAGGUAGUGAUAUAAAAGCUGUGCAGCAGGUUAUUACUAAUCUGCUCAUUGGGCAAAUAGAGCUUCGUUCUGAGGACUCUCCAGAUAUUUUGCCAUACUCUCACGAAAGACGAGUUGAAAAGCUUGUUGUUCCUCUUGGUGAAGAACUUGCAGCUAUCCAAAAGGCGUAUGUACAGAUUUUGGAAGCAUUUGCCAGUUCUUUGAUUCAGAGGAAUGUUUUGAUGAGAAAAGAUAUUCCCAAUCUAACAAAAUACCAGAUAAUUCUUGCAAGAGAUCAAUUUAGGAAAAACCCAUCUCCAAAUAUUGUGGGAAUCCAACAAGGCAUAAUUGAGGGAGAGUUUGCUAUUUGUAUUAGUUUAUAUCAUGGUUAUGAAUUAUUGCAGCAAAUGGGAAUGAGAUCAUUAUAUUUUUUCCUCUGUGGAAUUAUGGAUGGAACUAAAGGAAUGACUCGGGUGAGAAAUGAACUUAGCCGAAACGCGGACUUCAUGAAACUUUAUGAUCAUCUAGACAGCAUGUUUGCACAUACGCGUAGUACUUCAGCAAGUGGCAUUUCUGCUAUCCAGAAAGGAGGUAAAGAUAAAAAGUUCUGCUAUAGUCAUCCCAAAUUAAAGAAAUUAGAAGAAGUUGUAGUUGAACACUUCAAGUCAUGGAAUGCUCAAAAGACGUCUGAUAAGAAAUGUGACGAGACCAGAGUUAUGAUCUUCUCUUCAUUUAGAGAUAGUGUUCAAGAAAUUGCAGAAAUGCUUUUACCGCAUCAGCCAGUUAUUAGAGUAAUGACUUUUGUUGGCCAUGCCUCAGGAAAAAGCAUGAAGGGUUUUACCCAGAAGGAGCAACUGGAGGUAGUGAAACAGUUUCGUAGUGGUGGUUACAAUACGUUGGUGUCUACUUGCGUUGGUGAAGAAGGUUUGGAUAUCGGAGAAGUUGACCUUAUAAUAUGUUUUGAUGCCCAGAAGAGCCCAAUUCGUCUUAUACAGCGAAUGGGUAGAACUGGCCGCAGACGUCAGGGCAGGAUUGUUGUUAUCCUUGCUGAAGGACGAGAGGAACGCACUUAUAAUCAAAGUCAGUGCAACAAAAGAAGUAUUUAUAAAGCUAUUUCAGGUAAUAGGCAGGUCCUUCAUUUUUACCAAGGAAGUCCACGAAUGGUUCCUGAUGGAGUCAACCCACAAUUACAUAAGAUGUUCAUUACACAUGGUGUCUAUGAACCAGAGAAGCCUUCUCGGAACUUGCAGCGAAAGUCAUCUAUCUUUUCCUAUAGGAGUGGAAUAAAGCAGAGUAAUUCAAAGGAUGAUUGGUUCUUAUCAGAAGGAGAAUUUAAAUUAUGGAAUAGACGAUAUAGAUUAAGAGACACUGAUGAAAUUCAGGAAAUAACAUUGCCUCAAGUUCAGUUUCUAUCUUUACACAAUGAAGAGAACAGACCAACAGAAGAACCAACUGUUGGAAUUCAUCAACUGUCUCUCUCUGAAUGGAGAUUAUGGCAGGAUCAUCCUUUGCCUACAUAUCAAGUUGACCAUUCAGAUCGAUGUCACCAUUUCAUAAAUAUUAUGCAAAUGAUAGAAGGAAUGAGACAUGAAGAGGGAGAAUGCAGCUAUGAAUCAGAAAUUAAAUCUUACUUACGAAUGGAAGAUGUUAGCUCAGUGUCUAGUGCUCCGAGAAAUGAAUAUAAUCCUUUUGCCAAUGGCACCUUUACAAAUAACAGGAAGUCUUCGUUUGCAAAGAAUAUAAAUUACGGGAAAUCAAUCUCAAUAACAGAAUCUGAUGAAAAAUGUGCUGAAAUUUUUAAACAAAUUCCUAUCAAAUCUACUAAAAUUCCUUCUUUAAAAAAAAAGGCUUCUGAAAACCUGAAAAAAGAUCAGCCUAAAAAGGAAAAUAAGGAUGCUGACAUGGAGCCUUUAGAUACCGAUGACAGUUCUACCACUGAACAUAUUCUUCAGGUAGACCUACGAAAUGGUAAAAGGGCAUCAGAUACAGGUGACGUCACUGCCACAUGCACUGUCAAUGAAAAUGGAGGUAAUCCGUCAUGUGGAUUACUAACAGAUGGUCAGUUUAUAAAUAAAUCUACUAAUUCACUUACUGGAAAUUUUUUUGAUUCUGGUUAUAACAGUUUCAGUGAUGAGAAAUCUUUUUCAUCUAGCUUAUUUCUUUCAUUUGAGGAUGAGCUUGAUACAGCGAAAACAGAUGACCAAUUUUUUAAUUGUCAUUCGUUAACAAAAGAGGUGCUAGCUAAUGUAGAGAGAUUUUUAUCACAUUCUCCUCCGCCUCUCAGUGGACUAUCAGAUUUGGAAUAUGAAAUUUCUGAGGGUUCUGCACUUGAAAACUCAGUUUUUCUACCCUACUCAGAGUGCUUACAGAAUGAUAAAUCCACCAAUUUAAUGUCACGUUCAGCUGUAAAUUCUCAACAGAAUUUAGAAUUGAAUUCACUUAUGUUUAUUACUCAUCCUUCUGAAAAAUCUUGCCUUUAUGGUACAACUAGUGAUAAGACUUCUGAUGAGUCAAGCUUCUGUGACUCUGAUAAAGUACAUAAAGAUAGUAAAAAUGAACAUUUAGUAUCCAACAAUCAAAUUCAAAUAAACAUCAGCCCUUCAAAGGAUUUUGCUGAAGAAAAGAAUCAUGAUGUUGAUAACAGUGAUCUCCCAAUAUUGCAUUCUGCUCAGGAUGAAAGUUUAUUAUUAUUUGAAGAUGUUAAUACAGAGUUUAAUGUGAGCCCUCCUCCCUUGAACAGUAAAUGUGAAUCUUUAUGUAUAUCAGACAGAACUACUGUAAGUGAAAUGGCACCAGUCUCUCAGUUCUUCAUUUCUGAUGAACUUUUGUUAGAGAAUGAUUCUGAACCCCAAGAUCAAAUUGUCUGUGAUACUAAUAGUUGGAAAUCUCAUGAAGGUUUGAGAGGUAUACAUGAGGGAAAAUUGAAUAAUGAUGAAAACCGUUUUGACUGCUCUAAGGAUUUAUUUUCUGUUACGUUCGAUUUAGGGUUUUGUAGUACAGGUUCUGAGGAUGAAGUAGUGGACCAUGCAUCAGAUACAAAUAAUAAAAUUUUAGAUGAUCUGCCUGGAACGCGUUUAGACAUUAAGCAGAAAAAUGGUACAAAUUGGGUUUCAAAUCAAGCAGUCAUGUCAGGAGCCCAUGUUGAUAAUUCUACAAGUGUAACAACUACUCACCCAUCAAGUGAAGAUAAGCAGAGUCCAGCUUGUUCAUGGUUUUCAAUGAAUGCAACAAAAAGUAAAGAAUUUAUGUCUCCUAGUUUUUCUCAGUUUUCGUUGCCAGUAGGAGAGAAAGUUAUGAGCACACCACUUUCUGAAUCAAAUAUAUUGAACUCAUUUUCUAAGAAGAGAAUAGAAAUGGCUAAAAAGUCAGGUUCUAACAUGGGAAAAGUAAAUCUACACAGUUUCAAAGAAACAUUGAAUUCAACUUUUGGUGAUUCAGGACUUUCUACAGAAAAGUAUAAAAGCAAGAAACAAAUCAAUCUGCAUCGAUCCUGCCAUUCUACUGAAGAUGAACAGUUAUCAAGCCAUGAAAGUGAAGAUGAUGGGAUUUUCCGAAGAAAAAGUGAAAAAACAAAAGGAAAUGUUUUGGAGUCCCCGGAGAAUCAGAAAAACAGCGAAGUUGAUUCUCCACUUCAGGUUGUCAAAAAGCGCAGGGUUCCUCCAAACAGAUUAGAUUUAUCAUCUAGUGAUGAGAGCGAUAAUUUUCACAAAAGAGAUCCACAAUCAGAAGACUUCAAGGAUCAUAAGAGGAAUGCCAAAAGAAGCACCAAAGUCCGAAAGAGACAGAAUCACCUAAAGCUCGUAGCUAGGAAGUUUUUAGAUGAAGAAGCAGAACUUUCCCAAGAAGAUGCAGAAUAUGUUUCAUCAGAUGAGAAUGAUGGGUCAGAAAAUGAACAAGACUCCUCACUCCUUGACUUUUUAAAUGAUGAGACUCAACUAUCACAGGCUAUAAAUGAUUCUGAAAUGAGAGCUGUUUACAUGAAAUCUGUGCGAAGUCCAUUGAUGAGCAAUCGAUACAAAAUGGUCCAUAAGAAACAUAACAACAUAAACAUUUUCUCCCAGAUUCCCGAGCAAGAUGAAACCUAUUUAGAAGACAGUUUUUGUGUUGAUGAAGAGGAGUCUUGCAAAAGCCAGUCAAGUGAAGAAGUUUGUGUUGAUUUUAACCUAAUACCUGAAGACUGCGAUACAAAUGAGAGUAAAAAAUAUAAAACCCGACGUGCAGUAAAGCUAAAACAAAUGAAGAUGAGACAAAAUUGUGCACGUUCAAAAAAUAAAUUAUCCAGAAUUAUUUUACUGGAUGAUUCAAGCGAGGAGGAAAACGAUGUAAAGGAUAAACAGGAAUCCGGGACUGUGGUUGACCCAAGCACAGUGCCUUCUGGGUCUUCACUGCAGUCCAGGGACCACUCUAAUCCAGUUGGUAAUCAACUGCUAAACCAGAGACGACAGACACCACCUAAUUUAAAGGUUCCCAUUUCUGACGUCUCAGACUGCAAACCUCAGAGCCGUACUAACAUGGAAUCUGCCUCAUCGUUGUUCACUACUGUGAGUGCACAGAAAGACUGUAGAAAGUUUCCGGCUCAGUUGAAGGGUGCUAGUGCUCUGGAGGAUUCUGGCACUUGCAUGCCAUGCUGUUCCAACUCAGGACCACAUUUGGCUGACACACAUGCUUCUCUAAGACUGCCCCGGGAAGGCCACAGAACUUGUAUUCUUGUAGAUAGUCGUGAAAUCGUUUCUGGUUCAGAAGUAGUUUCUUCCCUAAGAGCAAUCCAUGGCUUACAGGUAGAGGUCUGUCCUCUUAAUGGUUGUGAUUAUAUUGUGAGUAACCGCAUGGUGGUGGAAAGGAGGUCUCAGUCUGAGAUGUUAAAUAGCAUCACUAAGAACAAGCUCAUCGAUCAGAUCCAGCACCUACAGAGCAUGUUUGAAAGAAUAUGUGUGAUUGUGGAAAAGGACAGAGAAAAAACAGGAGACACAUCCAGGAUGUUUAGGAGAACAAAGAGCUAUGACAGCCUGCUAACUACCUUAAUUGGUGCUGGGAUCCGAAUUCUUUUCAGUUCCUGCCAAGAAGAAACUGCAAGUUUGCUAAAGGAAUUGUCUUUAGUGGAACAAAGAAAGAAUGUUGGCAUUCAUGUUCCAACAGUGGUGAACAGUAAUACAUGUGAAACUCUUCAGUUUUAUCUAAGUAUUCCCAAUAUAAGUUAUAUAACUGCACUGAAUAUGUGUCACCAGUUCUCAUCUGUGAAAAAGAUGACAAACAGCACACCUCAAGAAAUUUCGAUGUAUGCACAAGUAACUCAUCAAAAGGCUGAGGAGAUCUAUAGAUAUAUUCACUAUAUAUUUGACACGCAAAUGUUGCCAACUGAUCUUAACCAAGGUAGUAUUAAAUCUGAUACGUGA